CUUCCCACAACGCUGGAACAGCAGCUAGAAAACGUUCGAAGUCCAAAAGUCCAUCAAGAUGCACUCCUUUGCCAUUCUGAUUCUGGGCCUGGCCUCCGUGGGCCUGGUGACGCCAUUGAGUAACACCUAUCUGCCGCCGAAAGUGGGCGCCCAGAGUGGAUACAGUGCAGCGGCGUCCAGUUCCUCGGGAUCGUAUGCAGCUCCAGCGGCCACCUAUGCACGCAGGUCCCACUCCGUGGCAGCUCCUUCCAGGCAGUACCUAGCUCCGGCUGCAUCGCAUGGUAGCUACAGCUCGAGUGGUUCCUCCUACGCCGCUCCAUCUGUGUCCCAUGUAUCCUAUUCCGCACCAGCGGCAUCGGCAUCCCAUGUCUCGUAUUCCGCGCCAGCUGCAGCCCACAACUCAUAUGCCGCCCCAUCCGUGUCACAUGGAUCGUACUCCUCUGCUUCCCGCACCAGCUACUCCGCUCCCGUGGCUGCUCCAUCCCGGAAGUACCUGGCUCCAGCUGCAGUAUCCCACAGCAGUUACUCCGCUCCUGUCGUUUCCCACAAGAGCUAUUCCGCUCCAGCCGUGUCGCAUGGAUCGUACUCCUCCUCGGGAGGUUCCAGUGGCUCAUACUCAGCUCCAGUUGCAUCGUAUAGCUCCUAUUCCGCUCCAGCUGCCUCCCACACGAGCUAUUCCGCACCAGUGGCCGCUCCUUCCAGGCAAUAUCUCGCCCCGGCUGCCUCAUCCUACUCCGCCCCAGCGGUAUCAUCCUACUCCGCUCCAGCGGUAUCCCACGGAUCAUCGCACUCCACUUCAUCGCUAUCCCAUGGAUCGUAUGCCGCACCAUCGGUUUCCAGCAAGACCUAUGCCGCCCCAGCUGUCUCCCAUGUGAGCUACUCGGGCUCCAGCUCAGGAUCUGGCCACGGAUACGGAUCUGGCUCCAGCCAUGGACUGCUUCAAGGAUCGGGUCUGCGUUCUGGUCACGGAUCUAGCUUUGGUUCCAGCUUCGGAUCUGGACACAAAUCGGGUUCCUACGCUUCCAAUGGAGGCUACGAGUACCGCCUGAAGCAUUGAGAGGAUCAUUUCGAAAAAAUAACGAUUAUAUUGUAUGCA